UGAGAAAUUUAUAAGAUAAGAAACUUAUUAACUUACUACCUUACGAUUUUGAGUUAGAUGUAGUAUCUUCUCAUUUUAUAUUCUCUCGAUUUUCUUCUGAAAUAGUUCAUGUCUGAAUUGGAGAUAUUUUUUGUUAGAUGGGUACGACAUGUGAGGUGCUUGGCUUCCCCUAUAAAUAUUAACACCAAGAGUGCAAUAAAAGAAUCAAAGCAAACCUUGUGGGCAUGCAUGUGUAAUCAUAUUAUCUAUAGUCUAACACAUUAUUUUGGUUCAUUAUUUUCAUCCUCUGCUUUGAAAUUUCUCCUUCUCAUCAUAAGAAGAACUACUUAAUUAUCUCAAAUGGAAUUGGGAAGCGUAUUGCAUUUCCUUGAGGACAAGACCAUUCUAGUCACUGGUGCCACUGGCUUCCUUGCAAAAAUUUUUGUGGAGAAGAUAUUAAGAUGUCAAUCAAAUGUGAAAAAACUUUACCUUCUUUUGAGAGCUACCGAUAUUGAAUCUGCUACUCAUCGCUUGCACCAUGAGAUCGUAGGGAAGGAGUUGUUUAGAUUGCUAAAGGAAAAGUUGGGUACAAAGUUCAAUUCCUUUGUGUCAGACAAGUUGAGUGUGGUACCUGGAGACAUUUCUAAACAGGACUUGGAUUUGAAGGACUCCAUUCUAAUGGAUCAUAUUUGCAAUCAAACUGAUAUUAUAGUUAAUAUUGCUGCAACUACUAACUUUGAUGAAAGAUACGAUGUUGCAUUGGGUAUUAACACAUUCGGAGUUAAGCAUGUAUUGAACUUCGCUAAGAAAUGUACUAAGCUCAAAGUGCUUCUUCACGUAUCAACAGCAUACGUGUGUGGGGAGAGAGGAGGAGUGGUAGUAGAGGAUCCACAGGAAAUGGGUGUGUCAUUGAAUGGAGUGGCAGGAUUAGACAUUGACAUGGAAAUGAAGUUGGUGCAACAAAAACUCAAUCAGCUUCGGGAACAAGGAGCCUCUGAACAUCACAUUAAACUCGCCAUGAAGGAAUUAGGCAUCCAAAGAGCAAAUAUGUAUGGUUGGCCAAACACAUAUGUUUUUACAAAAGCAAUGGGUGAAAUGCUUAUACAAACUUCAAAAGAAAAUACACCUGUUGUUAUUGUGCGUCCUACCAUCAUUACUAGCACUUAUAGAGAGCCUUUUCCAGGUUGGGUCGAAGGUGUAAGAACCAUAGACAGUUUGAUUGUUGCUUAUGGUAAAGGAAAAUUAUCAUGCUUCCUUGCAGAUCUUAAGGCAGUUUUUGAUGUGAUUUGAUAAUAUGAACACAGAAAAGUUGUUGAGAGCGGCGAGAGAAGGUAGGGCAGAGAUGGAUUUGUUUUUCUUUGAUCCAAAAAUUAUUGAUUGGGAAGAAUACUUUAUGAAGAUCCAUUUCCCUGGCAUUUCCAAGUAUGUCUUCAAGUGAUAAUUAUAAUUAAGCAUUUAAUUUGUACUUUAUUUGUAAUAUCACAACUUAUUAUUAUGCGUGCCACUUUGUAUUAUGAUCCUUAAGUUUUAUAUAUUGCUUAUAUAUGUGUAAUGUAAUGUGAUGGGAUGAUUAUUUAUGUGUUAUUACAAGUGUUAUAUUGAAUCUUA